CAAGACUGAUUUGAAAACUUUAAUCUCUUGCUUACAAUUUUAGAUGUCUGUUGUACCAAACUCAGUGGAGGCUUUGAUCAUUCCUUUUCAGUUACUUUUGCCAACUUUGUACUGGAAUUUAAAAUGUUAGUGGAUCUCUAUUAUUCUGUCUUCGGCUCUAUUCUCCUCCAUAUGAUCUCUGAGUGACCUCAUCCUGCCUUUUGACCCCAGCUAUUUAUUACCUGCAUUCUGAUAUAAUUCUCAAAUCUUUAUAUUUAGCCCCAAAUUUUCAACUUACUUCCAGACCCUGUUUCUAACUGCUCAUUCAGGAUAUAAUUUCAGGUUGCAUGAUUUAAAAAUUAAACUCAUAUUUCCUCCUUAACAUGCUGCUUUCUCUUUUAUGCAUUUAUUUCUUCAUUUGUUGAGCAUCUACUAUGUUCCGAAUAUUGAGGAUACACUAGCAGACAAGUCAGACAUCAUUGCUGUCACUUCAUGGAGAAUGCAGACGAAUAGAAUGGGCCAUUACAAUACAGGGUAUUACAGGAGGUUUGUAGGGUGCUGUGGGGACACCCAGGGGGAGAGACUUAAGCCAGACUUGGGAUUAAGGAAGCUAAUGAGAAAUAGUGGUGUCUAAACUGAGGCCUGCAAGAUGAGGAAGGAAUAGUUAGACAAAGUAGUUAUACAAAAUUGGAAGGGAAGAACAGGGAAUGGGAGAAUAGAGUAUGAUUCAGGAGGGAACAACAUAUGUGAAGGCCAGAAGCAAGAGGGAAAAGGCCACUAAGGGAAGAGAAAUCAUUCCCUAUGGCAGAGCUAAAGUUACCAGACUAGCUUAGAUUCGCAGGACUAGUACUGGUAGGACUGAGAUUCAACCCAGGCUUUUAAAUUUGUGAUCAGGGGCUCUGGACCACACCACACUGUCUCCCCGUGUUUCCUUUCUCAGGGAUACCAGCAUCCAUUCAGUUUUCUCCAUAACAGUCACCUAGGAAGCAUCCUCUACUCCUUUAUCUUCCACAUCUAGUUGGUCAACAAAUCUUAUUGUUUCUCUCCUUUCAAUAACCAUUCUUUUCUCUUCAACCAAAUUAACUUAAUUCAAGCCCUCACCAAUCUCUUGCCUGUGCUGUGUUCUGAUUGGUCUCUCUGACUUUAAUGCUGCUGUUUUUCCUGUUGAUCCUUGACACCGCUGCCAAGGUCAUACUACCCAAAUGCAGAUCUGAUCAUUUCAACUUGAAUUCUUUCUCUGGCUUUUCACAGCUUAUAGGAUCAAGUCCAGAGUCCUUAGCACUGUUCCGAAAAUCUUUUCAAGCUUUCCAGUUAAUCUUUUGCCAUAUACAUAUGCAUUAAAUAACUCUAAAGAUAAUCAAGGAAGUGCAUAUUUUCCAAUCUGAAAUGUCCCACUCAUUCCCGUGGCUUAUGCCAAUGCUAAAACCUCUCCUAAAGAAUUCAAGAGUUAAAUAUAAGAAAACAAUAUUACUGCAUUUUGCUAUACUGUAUGCCAAACUUUGGAACAAAAAUACAGUUUCUCAUUUUAUAUUUAAGUAUUACCUGGAGCUUCUAAAAGUUAUAAAUGACUGGUCGACUCUAUUUAUUAAUAAAUCUCAUCCUCAGAAACCCAGGCUUCAGCGGGCUCUUAACCAUUUAAAGAUGCAACUUCUUGGGUAUAUAUGGAUGUAAUGAGGCCCUUAAUAAAUGAGCAGAAUUUUGAUGGGACAUCAGAUGAAGAGCAUGAGCAAGAGCUCCUUCCUGUUCAGAAGCAUUACCAGCUUGAUGAUCAAGAGGGUAUUUCAUUUGUGCAAACUCUUAUGCAUCUUCUUAAAGGAAAUAUUGGAACUGGCCUUUUAGGGCUUCCACUGGCAAUAAAAAAUGCAGGCAUAGUGCUUGGACCAAUCAGCCUUGUGUUUAUAGGAAUUAUUUCUGUUCACUGUAUGCACAUUUUGGUACGGUGCAGUCACUUUCUGUGUCAGAGGUUUAAAAAGUCAACAUUAGGUUAUAGUGACACUGUGAGUUUUGCUAUGGAAGUAAGUCCUUGGAGCUGUCUUCAGAAGCAAGCAGCGUGGGGACGGACUGUGGUUGACUUUUUUCUGGUGAUAACACAGCUGGGAUUCUGUAGUGUUUACAUUGUCUUCUUAGCUGAAAAUGUAAAACAAGUUCAUGAAGGAUUCCUGGAGAGUAAAGUGUUUCUUUUGAAUAGUACCAAUUCAUCAAACCCUUGUGAGAGAAGAAGUAUUGACCUAAGGAUAUAUAUGCUUUGCUUUCUUCCAUUCAUAAUUCUUUUGGUCUUCAUUCGUGAGCUAAAGAAUCUAUUUGUGCUUUCAUUCCUUGCCAACAUUUCCAUGGCUGUCAGCCUUGUGAUAAUUUAUCAGUAUGUCAUUAGGAAUAUGCCAGAUCCCCACAACCUUCCAAUAGUGGCUGGUUGGAAAAAAUACCCACUCUUUUUUGGUACUGCUGUGUUUGCUUUUGAAGGCAUAGGAGUGGUUCUUCCACUGGAAAAUCAAAUGAAAGAAUCAAAACGCUUCCCCCAAGCAUUGAAUAUUGGCAUGGGAAUUGUUACAACCUUGUAUGUAACAUUAGCUACCUUAGGAUAUAUGUGUUUCCGUGAUGAAAUCAAAGGCAGCAUAACAUUAAAUCUUCCCCAGGAUGUAUGGUUGUAUCAAUCAGUGAAAAUUCUAUAUUCCUUUGGCAUCUUUGUGACAUAUUCAAUUCAGUUCUAUGUUCCGGCAGAGAUCAUCAUCCCUGUGAUCACAUCCAAAUUUCAUGCUAAAUGGAAACAAAUCUGUGAAUUUGCGAUAAGGUCCUUCUUGGUUGCUAUUACGUGUGCCGGAGCAAUUCUGAUCCCGCGUCUGGAUGCUGUGAUUUCCUUGGUCGGGGCUGUGAGCAGCAGCACCCUGGCCCUGGUCCUGCCACCUUUCGUUGAGAUUCUUACGUUCUCUAAGGAACACUACAGCCUGUGGAUGGUCCUGAAAAAUACUUCCAUAGCAUUCACUGGACUUGUGGGAUUCUUCUUAGGUACAUAUGUAACUGUGGAAGAAAUUAUUUAUCCUACUCCCAAAGUUGGCGCACCACAAAACCCUUCUCUAAAUUUGAAUUCAUCCUGCUUUCCAUCUGGUUUGAAAUAGUGGAAGCAGAAUUAUGAGUCUUCUCCUUUUGUCUCGAUUCUGAAAAUGAUGAAAAUAAGAACUAGUAGAACAUAUUGCCAUGUGCUUAAAAAUAGAACCAAAUUCUCUUUUCUUUUGGCACAGUAAUGGUAUUUUAGUAGUAGACUGUAAUUCUUUACCGAUAGUGGUAAACUAUGACAGAUUAUUGGUUUUAACUAUUAGCAAUAAUUUCAAAAAAAUUAGUUUUGAAAAUUUUUUAAAUCAAAAUUAAGAAAUUAAAAUGUAGAAAAAUUAAAGAAUAAAAAGACUUCCACUAUUCUUCAUUCAAUCAGAAAUACUCUUAACGAAGAUUCUCUUUUAUACCCAUGCUCCUCUUUCCCCACCCAGUUGAGGGGAGAACAGGGUUCUAACAAUAAGAGAAUCAAAGAAGGACAUAGUUAACAAAAAUCUUCUCACUGUCUUGGUGAAUAUCAGAGUGUACUUUGUGUAUAAUGUAAAAAUGUCUUAAAUUGUGUUUUUACUAGAGAGCCAAAUACUUACAAUUCAUCCCUGGAAGGAUAGAAAACUCAUUAACCCUAAUGUAAGCAUCAGAAAUCCCUACAACCAGAAUUAUUCUACACUAUUCUCUGAUGGUAGUUGAUCUACACAAUGAAAACUGAGGCACUGUGUGAGAUCCUGACUUAGUGUCUCAGUCAAAUUUGAAAGAGACUUUAAGGGUUAUCCAACACAAUUCCCUUAUUUCUUACCUAAGGAAAUUCAUGCACAGAAAGGUUAACUAACUUGGUCAAGACCACUCAGCUUUGAGAUCAAGCAAGAGAACCUGAUCUUUUGACCCCCAGUCAGGAUUUUUUGUUUUUUACAUCACAUCCAGAAAAAGAAUAAAUUAUGUCCAGUUUA